UUGUUUGGCAAUCCGACUUUUUUUUCCAAUUCCUCCCCCAUCCUGGCCAUCUGCUGCUGUUCUGUGCUGGUGAAACAAUCGCUGUGCAAUUUGGUGCAGUUCCGAGGGCCCCAACGUCCAAGCACGGAUACCGCAAAACCCCAGAAAGGUGCCACCAUGAUCCUGCAAAAUCAUCUUGAGCGUGGUGUUCGCGUUAAAGUGGGCCAACAUUUCGGAACCGUGCGCUACGUGGGCGAGGUACCCAACACGGAAGGAGAAUGGAUCGGUAUCGAAUGGGACGAUCCAGAUCGUGGCAAACAUUCCGGAAGCGUCAACGGGGUGCAGUACUUCCAAACAAGAAUGCCAAAUGCAGGCUCAAUGAUCCGUGGCGAGAAGCUCACUAAAUUCCAGACGCUCGAGCAAGCCAUCGUGGAGAAGUACAUCGUGACGGAAAACACCCUGCGCGUCGACUCGGAGAUGUUGCGCGCCGUUCAAAAGCAACUGCAUGCAUCCCUGUUCGAGAUUGUCGGUAUGGAGAAGAUCGGCGUUAAGCAGAGCAAUCUGCAGCAGCUGGUCGAUGUCUCGGUGCGCUACUGUCCGGUGAACGCGGCCGGAGAUCUGAGCCACUUUGCGAACCUGCAGAUGCUGGACGUUUCCUCGACGCUCCUGUGGAACUGGAGCCAAGUGGGCAGCAUCGUCGAGCAGAUUCCUUCACUGCAUGAGCUGAAUCUUUCCAAUAAUCGCUUCGUCGAUCCGUACGAGGAACAGGUCGGCCCGUUGGCACAAAAGUUUAAAAACAUUCGCAAAAUCAUUCUCAAAAACUGUGCGCUCGGAUCGUGGUCGGCCGUGGUUCGGUUGGCCCGGCUGUGGCCCGCUAUCGAGUACCUGUCGGUCGAACAGAACGGUAUCGAGUUCGUGGAUGACCAGCUAAACGGACCACACAUUCUAGCGCUCAGUCGCAUUAAGCAUCUUGAUCUACAGAACAACGCAAUCCGUGAUGCACAGUCGCUACACAACCUUGGCCAUCUGCCGGCACUCGAGGAGCUGGUGCUGAAUGGUAAUGGAUUGCGCGAGAUUCGCUUUGCCGAUGAUUGCCCACACAACGAGAAGGUGGAUGUGUUUCGGAACCUGCGUACGAUCUAUCUGCGCGAUAACCCACUGCAGGACCAGUGUGCCGUGUUCAACGAGCUAGACAAGCUGGCACGGCUGGAGCAGGUAAUGGUCGAUCCGGAUCCGAGCGUAAGCUACGAGGAAACGGUGGCACGCAUCGUCGGUUCUAUUGCGGGGCUACGGGUGUUCAAUCGUUCCACGAUCAGCGAGAAGCUGCGCCGCGACUCGGAGUGCGACAUGUGGAAACUGUACGCGAACCAGUGGCUCGAGGUGCGCAACGAUGCGCAACGGUUGAAGGCAUUCUUUAAGACGCACCGCAUGUAUCCGCGUGUGAUGGAACGUCUAGGCAGUCCGGAACAAUUUCUACCGGACACUCGCAAAACCAGCAACAUGAUACAGUUGCAGCUGCUGAACGAGAAGACGGGCGAACGGCGCGACAAGAAGGUACCGAAGCGCAUCAAUCUGCACACACUCCAGAAUCUGAUCGUGAAGCUGUUUGCCCUUCCCGACGGUGGCCCGGCGCUCGGUUUGUACCUGCUCGAUCGCAAGCGCAAGGUGCGUAUACCGCUCGAGCACCAUGCCAAGAGUUUGGACUUUUACUCCGUGGAGGACGGUGAUACGAUCGUCUUUGUAUGACUCCCGCUUGCGCUUCAAUGAUUGAACCAUGUCCCCGUUGCAAUGCAAUUUUGUCACUCGUGUAACUAAUCCUUCCUUUAUCAGCCGAAAUGUGCAAAACAAAGUGACGCUUUUGGUGCCCCAUUUCGUUUCUAUUUAACUCGAAUAAACUCAACACGGCAUCGCCUGCCUUGCACACGCCAAGCGGUGUGAUGGUUUGAUUGUA